UUCUUUCAGGUACAAGGCAACAAUGUUAGAUGACGUGCCAAACAUAUUUGAAGCUGUUUUCCAGUGUACAUUGGAGAUGAUAACUAAGAACUUCGAAGAUUAUCCGGAACACCGCCUCAAGUUUUUCUCAUUACUCCGUGCUAUUGCUACAUUUUGUUUCCCUGCCUUGAUAAAGUUGCCAAGUCAGCAACUGAAGCUAGUAAUGGAUUCAAUUAUCUGGGCAUUUAGACAUACUGAGAGAAAUAUCGCGGAAACUGGGCUUAAUCUUUUGCUUGAGAUGCUGAAGAACUUUCAGCAAUCUGCGUUUUGUAAUCAAUUCUUCCGGUCAUACUUCAUACAAAUCGAGCAAGAAAUAUUUGCUGUGUUGACUGAUACCUUCCAUAAGCCUGGCUUCAAGCUGCAUGUGCUGGUGCUGCAGCAUCUGUUUUGCCUGGUUGAGAGCGGUGCUUUAACUGAACCUUUGUGGGAUACUGCAACCGUACCUUACCCGUAUCCGAACAACGCUGCAUUUGUUCGUGAAUACACCAUUAAGCUAUUGAGUUCUUCAUUCCCCAACAUGACUGCAGCAGAGGUCACACAAUUUGUGAAUGGACUCUACGAGUCGAGAAAUGACCCGUCUGAAUUCAAGAAAAACAUUCGCGACUUCCUUGUACAGUCCAAGGAAUUUUCCGCUCAGGAUAACAAGGAUCUGUAUGCUGAGGAAGCAGCAGCGCAGAGAGAGCAAGAGCGUCAAAGAAUGCUUUCGAUUCCUGGGCUUGUUGCUCCUAAUGAGAUUCAAGACGAGAUGGUCGACUCUUAA